CUCCAAUGGUCCAGUGACUCACAGACAAUUAACAUAUAAAUUGAUAACAUCUUGUUGAUUGUCUUUAAAAUAUUAUAACCUGCAAUUUCACAGCGAAUCGCGAUUGAUUUUCGAAUACUAUCUUCACGUUCUUGCCUUCAAGAUGGCGUCUUCAGAAUGGUACCGAGAUAAUCUUCUCAUCUCUACCAACCCUUCGUUGAUACAGCCAGCUGCUGUCAAUGCUGCGUUUGAUUCCGAUAUGAUGCAUUGGGUCAAGGCAAUUGACGAGACACUUUUGAAGAAGAUGUUGGAUAAUUCAUUGUGCUUUGGUGUUUACGAGUUGCCAUCUUCGUCCUCAGAUAUUGCUGGUCGAGCUGGUCCACGUCAGAUUGGCCUGGCAAGAAUUGUCACAGACUAGUAUGUCAAAAUCAGCCUUGCUUUUGCGUACCAUUUAGGAGUC